AGCUUGGGCAAAUCGAUAUGGUGGCUCGGAGUGUUUUUCAGUGUAAAUUCUGUAGGAAAAAAGUCAAAUAAUUUCUUUUAGUGUCUCUUGCGUACUUUCGCGUAGUAUUUUUUCAGUGUUUCAUCGAGUAGGCAACUCAAAAGUAAACAAACCCCGGCAAGAAUCCGGCAAAUUGGCCGGGAUUGAAAGUGAUAAGUUGUUUCGUGGCUUUUUUUGAGUCUCAUCAAUCAUUGAGUGAAAUCCCCGUUCUGACCGCCGUGCGGAAUGGCGGGGAGGUCCAGGAGGAAGACCCAACAUGAAACGCUAGUGGAUCAGGAUGAAUCCAGUCAGAUUUGCGAGGAAUACGUGGAAGACGCUCAGUCGGACGCUGAGCAAGGACUCAAGUGUUGUCACUUCUGUGGGAAGGACUUCCCCACAUCCAGGAAGGCACUUUUGCAUGAGCGUUUCUGCAAGAAUGGCUCCAUCGAGAGGUUCAUUUGUGUGAUCUGUGAACUCAAUUUCAAAUCCAAGAGCAGCUUGGAGCGUCAUGUGACGCGUCACGAAGCGCCUGGAGGCUUCCUCUGUCCCAUGUGCGACGAGACGUUCACCACGGACGCCGAUCGCGCCCAGCAUCGCAAUACUGAGCACAAAGUCUAUCGCUGCCAGAUCUGCGAGGCCAAGUACGGCACAGAGGCUGAAUAUGUGGCGCACAUCGUGAACCAGCACGGCGGGAAGGAUCGGGAACCCGUGGUGUGUUCAGACUGCGGCCAGCAGUUCCGCAGCACAACCCAACUGAAGAUCCACAAUGACUCCAAGUGCGGCACGGUGAAGAUGUUCGGCUGCAACGAGUGCAACAGUCGCUUCAUGACGGCCAACACGCUAAAGGCGCACAAGCUGAUCCACCUGGGCGAGAAGAAGCACCUGUGCAACUACUGUGGCAACAGUUUCCUCAGCAAGGGGCAGCUAAAGGUGCACGAGCGGAGUCACACGGGCGAGAAGCCUUUCAAGUGCAAUGAGUGCGGCAAGGCGUUCGCCUACAGAGAGAGUCUGGUCACUCACUCGUCCCUGCACACCGGAAUUCGUCCUUAUGUGUGCGAAUUGUGCGGCAGUCGCUUCUCCUGCAUUGGGAAUCUCAUCAAGCAUCGCCGCUCGCGGCCAGACACUUGUGGACUGCCCCAAUUCAGGAGAAACAGCAAAGUCACGCCGCACAAGAAGGCAAAGAAUCGCGCACAUCUGACCACGAAGCUGGAGAAACUCGUGGAGCGAAAUGAGAUCUCAAUCGUACAUCAGCUGCAGAUUGUGGACCAAAGCGAGGAGAUUGAUGUGAAGGAGGAGAGGAAUGAAGUGGAGAUAUUCAAUGCUGCUGGAGUUCCGCAGAGAGCCACCGAGGAGUCUCUGGCUACCAAGAUAGAGAACAUUUCCGAUGUGAAGCCUCAAGUUCAGGAAGUUCUCAUUCACAAUGCCAGAGAAGCUGAAGAUCUGGAAGAUGAUGUGCCUCUAUCUCAUCUCAGAUCACAAGUGGUUACGACGAAGGAUCAGAAAUUCAUUCUCACUGAGGUGGAAAUUGUCCCAACAGUCACGAAAGAGUUGCCCAAAAGGCGCCCAAGACAGGCGAAGAGCGUGCGGAAGAUGCGCAUCAAGAAGUCAGAGUCGGCAGAUUCCGAUGACUCCAAUGACAUUGACUUCCUGGACGUUGGGGACUUGCCAAAUGCCUCAGAGGGCUCCGAAGCGGAUGAAGAUUAUCAGCCUGACGAGGCGGAGAUUAAGGAGGAGGAGCUGGAAGAGCCAACCGACCAAAUACCGCACUCACAGCCCAAGAAGAGAGCCGACAGAGUGUCGGUUACGCAUGAGUACAAGUGCGAUCACUGUCCCAAGAUGUUCUGCUACAAGACCAUCUUCAAUCUGCACCUGAAGAGGGAGCACAACAUGGACAUCAAGGAUGAGGAUCUGCCCAAUCAACAGCGGUACAGCAAAAUUCUCUUUCCCAGGGAUCGCGUGCACGAGUGUCGCUUCUGCAAGCGGAAAUAUGCCAAUAAACCAGCUCUUCUCAAGCAUGAGCAAGUUCAUGGCCCAGAAGGAAAUUUACACAUCAAGUGCCGCGUCUGUAAGGAAUACUUUGAGACUCAUGAGAAGGAGAAAGAACAUCGCGUGGCCAAACACAAAGAUCAGAUCACUUGUAAGGAGUGCAAUAAGAUGUACCGCGAUGAGAAUCAUCUGCAAGUUCACAUCAGAAACUGCCAUACGAAGACGGGGGUGAAGAAGCCGCAACAUCUCUGUGGCAAGUGUGGGAAGAGUUUCACCUCGAAGACGGCAAUGAUGGAUCACGAGCGAUCGGAUUGCGGAAAGUCCCCGAUUUAUCAGUGCGACGUGUGCAAGAAGUUCUACCACAGCGCCGGAUCGCUAAAGACACACAAGAAUGUGCACACCAACGAACUGCCGAAUCUCUGCAAGUACUGCGGAAAGGGUUUCCGGACGCAGGGGCAGCUGAAGGUGCACGAGAGGAUUCACACGGGAGAAAAGCCCUUUCAGUGCACGUACUGUCCCAAGGCGUUCAGUCAUCGGGAGAGUCUAUUGACUCACGUAUCUCUGCACACGGGAUUCAAGAGAUUCAUGUGUUCCGGCUGCGGGCAGCGCUUCACUUGCAUCUCCAAUCUGCAGGCUCACCGGAAAGCCCACGCGGACACGUGUGGACUCGUGCCGAAUUGUACAAAGGCAGUGGGACCGAUGGAAAUCCACGUGCAGUCUAUGAAAAAUGAGGAUAAUGAACAGGAAGUGCUCUGCGUUGUGAGAAACUCAGUGGAAAUGGUGAGGGAGUCAAAGAAUGAGGAUGACCAGGAGAUUCCCAGCGAUGAGGAGGAAUUUAACGAGGAUUGGGUUGAAUACCAGGAAGACACCGAACUGGAUGAUAAGAAUGAACCCUUCAGAGUGAAUUGCUUCUAUUGCAAUGAGCGGUUUCUCUCCGUGGAAAAGCGAUUCCUGCACGAGAGAGUCUGCGAAAUUGGCCCCAUCGAGAGAUUCCCAUGCCAGGUGUGCAGAAUUAACUUCAGAUUCGAGCAAGGCUUGCGGCGUCAUGAGCGAAGACAUCAAGGAUCUGGAGGCUUCCUGUGUCGCAUCUGCGAUGCCAAAUUCACCUCAGUCGCUGACAGAAUGCAUCACAAGGACGCGGAGCAUCGUGUGUUUCGUUGCCAGAUCUGCGAAGGCAAGUUCAGGAAGCAGUCGGACUACGUGGGACACAUUGUGAAGGUCCACAGCGACUGCAAGUGCUGGAUUCUGCAGAAGGGCGUCAAGGAUGAGGAGCUGGGUAGAGGCAGUGUGCAGUUGGCGUGCGACAAGUGCGGAAGCAAUAUGGGCAGUCUCUCUGAGAAGUUAGAGCAGCUGAUGGAGGGAAAUGAAGUGUCGAUAACGCAUCCAAUGCAAGUCGUGGAAACGCUGGAAAACGUGAGAGAAGGAAGCGAGGAGAGGGAUGAGGUUGUGGUGAUCAAUGGAGAGGAGUCUGAAGAGUCCCUGAAGAAGACACUGAGAAGUCUGAGGAAGAAGAGAAAACGCUCUUCUCCGGAAAAGGUUUUAAUUCAGAGUGUGGAAGACUUUCCUGAUUUGGAUGAUGACAUGCCACUGUCUCAGCUGAAGUCCCAGGUGGAGUGUGCAAAGCGGGAGCGUGGGAGGAAGACAAGGAGUCGGCGAAGUACAACAGAUCCCAUAAAGACAGAAGGCGAAGGGGAGGAAGACUCUGAUGAUGUUGAUUUCUUUGAUGUGAGCGACUCUCUGUUUGGCGGAUCAAAUCCGGACACGAGAGAUGAUCAGGAGCAUCUCGCAGACACUAAAGAUGGUCACGAGGCUGCCUCGCCGCCCAGCGAUGCCUCAGCAUGCCGACUUCCGGAGUAUCGAUGCAAGCUCUGUCCUCAAAUUUACUGCUUCGAAAAGAGAUAUUUGGUUCACCUGAAGACUGAGCAUGGCAUCGAGAGGCCGAGCAAGCGCGACGAGGGGAAUCAGAAGCAGACGCUGAAGAAUGCCUACGUCUUGGGCUAUCGGAAGCACGCCUGUCGGCACUGCAAGAGACGUUACGCCAGCAAAGAAGCCCUCGUGAAGCAUGAGAAGUGCCACGGUCCAGAUGGCAAGCUGAAGGUGAAGUGCAGCCUGUGCAACGAACUCUUCGAGGAUGAGUCUCAGGUGAAGGAGCACAAGAAGGAGUUCCACAAAGACGAGGUCACGUGCACGUACUGCAAGAAGGUGUACGCCGGUGAGCGCAAUUUGCAGAUUCACAUUGAAUUGAGGCACACAAAGACGAAGACACUGAAGAAGAUGUCCUAUCUCUGUGGCAAGUGUGGCAAGAAUUUCACCUCCAAGACUGCCCUGCUGGAUCAUGAGCGAUCGGAUUGCGGCAAGUCCCCGAUUUAUCAGUGCGACGUGUGCAAGAAAUUCUACCACAGCGCCGGAUCGCUCAAGGGUCACAAAUCUCUCCACACGAAGGUGAAACCUUUUCUGUGCAAAUUCUGCGGGAAAUCCUACAGGAAUCCCGGGCAAUUGAGAGUUCACGAGCGAACACAUACGGGCGAGAAGCCUCACAAGUGCACCUACUGCCCGAAGGCUUUCAGCCACCGAGAGACUUUGCUCACACACAUCACAAUGCACACGGGCUUCAAGAGGUUCAUGUGCUCGGGCUGCGGCAAGAGGUUCGCCUGCAUUUCCAACUUGCAGGUGCACAGGAAGGCGCACGCGGACACGUGCGGACUUGUGCCGAAUUGCACGAAGGCAGUGGGACCGAUGGACAUCCACAUGAUCCCUCAGGAGGAGGACCAGCCGGAGAAUCUUACAAAUCGCAAUUGGAAGAAGAAAAAGAAAAGGAAAUCAUGGCGGCCUUGUGCUGCGGCAGAAACUCUCCGCUGGGCUGAAGGGAAAAUGGCUCGAGAGUCUGUAGACGACAAUUGUCAGGAGUUUCUCAGUGAUGAAGAGGAAUUUAGCCAAGAUUGGGUUGAGUACCAGGAAGAUAUCCAGUUGGAGGACAAAAAUGAGUCCUUCAGGCAGCAUUGCUACUAUUGUGGAAAGGAAUUCUCCACUGCCAGGAAGCGUCUGUGGCACGAGAGAUUCUGCAAUCAGGGCUCCAUUGAGCGGUUCUCUUGCAGACAGUGUGGCCUGAAUUUUAGGUAUGGACAGUGUCUGGUUCGCCAUGAGAAGCGACACGAGGAGCCUGGAGGAUUCCCCUGUCCGUCCUGCAGUGCUAAAUUCACCUCAUCGACGGACAGGAAGCAGCACAGAAAUGCCGAACAUCGAGUCUAUCGCUGUCAGAUCUGCGAUGCCAAGUUCAGAAUCCAGGAAGACUACGUGGGACAUAUUAUGAGCAUCCACAGUGACUGCAAGUGUGGCGCCAAGAACAACAGUCAGGAGACGAGGUCAGGAAAUGAAGUGAUGAGAAAGAAGAAAGUCAAACUGUCCUGUGAGAAGUGCGGAGUGGAAUUCAUCAGUAAGCAUGAUCUUGAGAAUCAUGUUCAGUCGCUGGCCUGUGAGAAGCCCUACAAAUGCAAUGAGUGUGGAAAGUCCUUCUCGUUCCAAGUCAGUCUCAUCACGCACACGGCUCAGCACUCGAGAGGAAGUCGCCCGAAUUCGUGCGAGAAAUGCGGUGAAACGUUCCAGAGCUAUGAGCAAUUGAUCAAGCAUCGCAGGGCGAAUCCGUACACUUGUGGCUUGCCGGUGGAGAGCAAGAAAAAAACCCCAAGACGUUUUUCUGCGAGACAGAAUGUGCAGAACGUUGAUAUUGGUGAGGAGGACAAAUCCCAAUUGCAAGUCUUCAAUGGGAAUCUGGAGAAUGUGAAGAAGGAAGCGACACCAGAAAAAGUCCUCAUACAGAAUAGUGAUGCUCUUGAUCUCGAUGAUGAUAUGCCUUUGUCGCAUCUUUUGGGAAAAGAUAAGAGGAAAUUCAGUCCGGCUGAAGGGAAGAAGGAAGAGGAACCUUCCAGAAGGAGACUUCGUAAGAAGCGACAGGAGAAGAAUGAUACUUUCUCAGAGGAUUCCGAUGAUGAUAAUUUCCACGACAUGAGUGGACAUGCACAGUCGCCAUCAACUUCCUUCGGUUCAGAUUCCGAUUCUGACUUUCAGGAGAGUGAGAAGAAGGGUUCAGAUGAUGGGAAGGAAUUAGUCAGACAGAGAUUUGAGUGCAAAAUGUGUUCCAAGGUGUAUCUUUAUCAGCAGAAAUACGUUAUCCACUUGAGAUGUGAGCAUGGACUGGUCAGUGAUGAUGAGGAUUGGCCUGUGAACAUCAAUAGGAAGCAGAAAUACAAGCCCAGACUUCGGAAGUACGAAUGCCACUUCUGCAAGAGGGUCUAUGCGAAUUCCUCUUCCCUGGGCAGACACGUCAGAUGCCAUGGUCCUGAUGGUAAACUCCUGACAAAGUGCAGAGUGUGCAAGGAGUUCUUUGAGAAUGAGGACAAGCUGAAGGAGCACAGAGAAGAGGCGCACAAGGAGAAGAUCAAGUGCAACUUCUGCAGCAAAUCCUACUCUGGAGAGCACAAUCUCAAGACUCACAUUCACUUGCGCCACACAGACAAGGCGUUGAAGAAGACCACCUAUCUCUGUGGCAAGUGCGCCAAAAGUUUCACCUCCAAGACUGCCCUCACGGACCAUGAGAAGUCCGAUUGUGGCAAAUCGCCCAUCUAUCAGUGCGAUAUCUGCAACAAAUUCUAUCACAGCGCAGGAUCGCUCAAAGGUCACAAGACGUUGCACACGAAGGUGAGACCGUUCCUCUGCAAAUACUGCGGCAAACCGUACAGAACGCCUGGCCAGAUGCGAGAGCACGAGCGAGUGCACACGGGCGAGAAACCCCACAAGUGCACCUACUGCCCGAAGGCUUUCAGCCACCGAGGAAGUCUGCUCACCCAUUUGUCCCUGCACACGGGCUUCAAGAGGUACAUGUGCUCUGGCUGCGGGCAGCGAUUCACGUGCAUCUCCAAUCUGCAGGCGCACAGGAAGAGUCACGCGGACACGUGUGGACUCGUGCCGAACUGCACAAAGGCCAUGGGCAGGAUGGAAUCGUACAUGCUGCCGCCAGAGAAGCUGCAGGAUCAAGUAGGUCAGACGUAGUGGCGCGUAUCUA